AUGGCACAGCACGGCUUCGGCCAGUUCAACGGUGGCCACGGUGGAGGUGGUGGCGGCAGCAUCGAUCCCAACGACUUGGCCAUGGGCGGAAACUAUGGAUCAUCCUACUCCAACAACUACAACUCCAACUCGGGAAACACGAAUGGAUUUUCGAGCGGCUCUGCCCUCUUCGGAGACGAUGAGCUACUCGACGGCCUCGGAAGUCCGACCGAACAGCCGCUACAUGGCCACGGCCAGGACUUUGGUGGCGGAAUGUCAAACAUGGAUAUGGGCUUCAAUCAACCCAUAUACGGCUCUCAUCAUGGUCUAGACCAAAACCACAUCAACGGCUACUCCAACACCCCCGAUGGUGACCCCAUUCAAAGCCCUUUCGUGCACAGCUUCAACAACUCGGGAUUCGCCCAGAUGCACCACCGUCAGGCCCUCGGCACGUCGCUUCAGUCUCCCAUCUCCUACUCGGGCUCGCCCUUGGCUGGAUCGGACCUCACUGGUGAUGCUGCCGAGACCAACUACCUCAACGCUAAGAACAGAGCCAGAAUGGCACAAGCUAUGCAACGGAAGAGCUCAUCUUCCAACACUCGCAGCCCCAUGACUCCUAAGUCAGCAAUGCACUCGGUACCCAUGGCGACCCAGGAGUCAACUGGCUUCGGUCCUCAAUCCAUCCGGGCCCAAGGCAUGCAUGAGAAAUCACCAUCAGGAGGUCAGUGGAUGCAGACCCCAUCGGGAAGCAUGGCGGCGUCAUAUGGCUCUGGCUUCUCGUCGCCUAUUCAACCCGGCCUCGCUCAGCUCAACGAGGUCAUGAUGAAGGGUGGCACGUCGAUGCCCGCAAAGCUGGGGGCUCAGCCCGGUGGUGCGGUUUCCUCUCAAGAGAUGAAGCGCAAGCGGCGUCGGGAAUCACACAACCUUGUCGAGCGACGCCGCAGAGACAACAUCAACGAGAGAAUCCAAGAUCUCAGCAGACUAGUUCCCGCCCACCGUUUGGAGGAUGAGAAGAUCCGCAAGAUGAUCCAGAACGGCACCCCGCUCUCGCCUACGUUGUCCGGCAUUUCCAACCCCUCUCAGGCCACUUCGGGCCUUGCUGGUCCCGGCGCACGCCGCGCAGCUGGCGCAACAGGCAAUAUCACGACCGGCCUCCCCCUCGAGGACAAGGACAAGGGCCCCAACAAGGGAGACAUUUUGAAUGGCGCAGUCAGCUGGACGAGAGAUCUGAUGUGGAUGUUGCAUCUGAAGUUGCAGCAGCAGGAGGAGUUGAUGAACGCCAUUGCGGAACUCGGCGGCCAUUUUCCGUUUGAGCUCACUGAGGAUGAGAAGCGUAUGCAAACCGAGUUGAUGGAAGCCAUCUCCAAGAACGAAGUCCCAGGAUACUCUCGCACGACCGGGUCUGGUCUUCGGGUACCCCAUCACACCGACUUCCGCGGCGAGCCUAUGAAUGGCUCGGGCAAUGUUGGUGACGGCACUUCUGUCAGCCCUGGCGCUACCAACGGCACCGGUCUCGCCAACGAUCUUAACGCCGGCAGCGAAUUUUGGAACGAUCCGGAUGAUGACGACAGUGGUCCGACCUCGCUGAACUUCAAGGAGGAAGACGAGUUCGGCAUGGACCUGACACAGUAG